CCACCACCACCAUCACUGCCACUACCACCAUCACUACCACCACCACCACCACCACCAUCACUGCCACCACCACCACCAUCACUACUACCAUCACUAUCACCACCACCACCACCAUCACCGCCAUCACCAUCACUAUCACCACCACUACCAGUGCUGCACUUCCACUCUCUCUGGGUGACAAUGCCACUCUGCUCUGCCCCAGCCUCCCUGACGAUGCUCUCCUCCCUUGCUGACGAUGAGGAUUCUAGCCCCUUCCGUGUGGUGGUGGGUGAGGAGGAGGCCUUGUCACCUUCUCUGAAAGCAUUGAUGAUCAGAGUCUGGGAUGAGGGUGCCCUGGUCAGCCCAGAUAAUGGCAUUGGCCUCAAUGACAAGGUGAGCGACUUCCUCCAGGUUCACAUGGGCAGACAGUGCUGUCCCUCUCUGCCCAUGGCAGGCCUGCGCUUCCAGGCCCCCAGCGUGGUGGCUGUUUGUGGUCCAGGUUCCCCCCUCCCUGUUUCAAACCUGGAGGACUUGUGCUCACCUCUGUGGGGCUUCUGCAUUCUCGUUCCAGAUCCUGACUAG